ACUCUAGAUUCAUCCCAUGCAUGCAAGGCCCUUCUUUUUUGUCUUAAGAAAGCCUCAGAAAUGGAACCUCAACUCCUCUUUCUCUCUUUCUUCCUUUCAGCACCUCUACUUUACUUCUUACUCGCCAUUUAUUUCAACCACCACCUCCUCCCUCCCUCUCCACGGUGGCGCCUCCCAAUAAUAGGGCACAUGCACCUGUUGGGUCCUCUCCUCCACCAAUCCCUCCACACCCUCGCCCUCCAACACGGACCCUUUUUCUCUCUUCACUUCGCUUCCCUUCCCUGUAUCAUUGUUUCUUCUCCCCACUACGCCAAACUCCUCCUCCACACCUACCAACACGCAUUCAUCAACCGCAUGCAAACCAUCGCCGUCAAACGCCUCACCUACGAUUCCUCUCUGGCUUUCGCGCGCUACGGUGAGUACUGGAGGUUCAUCAAGAAGCUCAGCAUGAACGAGCUUCUGGGCUCACGCAGCAUCAACAACUUCCGCCACCUGCGCCAGCAAGAGACACGUGGCUUUCUGAGGGUUCUGGCCCUGAAAGCCAAGGCUGGUGAAGCCGUUAAUGUGACGGAGGAGUUGCUUAGGUUGACGAAUAACGUUAUUUCGAGGAUGAUGUUGGGUGAAGCAGAGGAGGGUGAUGUGGUGCGUGGAGUGACAAAGAUCUUCGGGGAGUUUAAUGUUUCGGAUUUCGUUUGGUUGUUGGGGAAAUUGGACCUUCAGGGUUUUGGGAAGAGGAUAGAGGAUCUGUUUGUGAGGUUGGAUGCUAUGGUGGAAAGGAUUAUUUGCAAACGAGAGGAAAUGAGAAGAAGAAGAAAAAGGGUUGAAAAUGGAGAUUGUGACGUGAGAGACUUUCUUGAUGUUUUACUUGAUUGUGUUGAGGAUGAAAACUGCCAAGUCAAAAUUAACAGGGUUCACGUUAAAGCCCUCAUUGUGGAUUUUCUGACAGCAGGGACUGAUACCACAGCCAUCUCAACAGAAUGGGCAUUGGUGGAGCUGAUGAAGAACCCUUUGGUGGUAGAAAAAGCUCGAAAAGAGAUGGAGAGUGUGGUGGGAAAAAACAAAGUUGUUGAAGAAUGUGAUUUUGAAAAUCUACCUUACCUACAAGCCAUUGUUAAGGAAACAUUUCGUCUGCACCCAGCAGUGCCUAUGGUUAACAGAAUAUGUGUUGCAGAGUGUAAGAUUGAGAAUUAUGUGAUCCCAAAGAACACACUACUGUUUGUGAAUGUUUGGUCAAUGGGAAGGAAUCCAAAAUAUUGGGAGAAGCCAUUAGAGUUUCGUCCGGAACGGUUCAUGACGGUGGGUGAAGGAGGAGAUUCGAAUGGGGUGAUGGAUGUAAUUGGUAAACAUUUUGAACUUCUUCCUUUCGGUUGUGGAAGAAGAAUGUGUCCUGGGGUAUCUUUAGUGAUGCAAGAGGUGCCAGCAUUGCUUGGAGCUAUCAUUCAGUGUUUUGAUUUUGAGGUGAUGGAUUCCAAAGGAUUGAAGGCUGAUGGUAGAGCGAUUGAUAUGAAUGAGAGGCCAGGAUUAACGGCUCCAAGGACUCAGGACUUGCUUUGUCUUCCACUUCAAAUAUCCAAUAUACAUCAAACAACUUAGAGUUGCUUCUGUAUUCUUCUUUACAAUCGCUUAGU